UCCAAAUGGCAGAUGUACUCAUUGCAGCUGUGCAGUAUUUCUCAUCAGUCUUGCCCCACCCGUUGCGCGGUGUUGUCUCUCUAGAAAUGGCCUCCCGCCUCGAAUGCUCAAUUUGCUUCUUCGAUUUUGAUGACUUCCAGCACCUGCCAAAACUAUUGGAGAACUGCGGUCACACAUUCUGCUACUCUUGCCUUUUUGAUUGGCUCAAAAGCCAGGACACGUGUCCGAUGUGCCGAGAAGCGGUAAAUAUGACGCAGGAGAUCCCGACAAAUGUGGAAAUUCUAGCCGUUUUCGAGAAAAAGAAGGCGAAUCCAGAAUGCAAUUGUGAUGAUGAGUCAAGCGUCUACUACUGCCCGACAUGCAUGCUCCAAAACUAUGCAAAUUGGGAAGAUCGCCGAGAAAGCGGAGAGCACACGUUCUGCUUCGGCUGUGCGUGCAAUCAUAUGGAUGAGCACGAGCACAAAAUCAAGCAGCUCGGCAUGGGCUCCGAGAUCAGCCUGGAAAUUGAUAAAGACGACGGGAAAACUUUGGAUGACAAAAAAUCGUGUAUUUCGUCGAAAAAACGUGUUCUGUACUUCCUCUCGAUCCUUGUAAUUGCUGUGAUUAUUCUUUUUGUUCUGUGUAUUUAUUUCAAAAUGAUUUGAUUUUGUGUUUCUAGACGAUGAAAUACGGGUCACAAAGAUGUUCGGUGGAAUGAUUGUAUGCUAUUUUUCAUGUACCUUUUCACGAUUUUUCUCAAAAAUAAAUUUAUUUU